AUGGACUAGCCCAUUCUGUGCUGUUGUUGCCCCCUGGGCCCCCCUUGGGCUCUGGGAGCCUCUGGCGCUCUGCCCUCCAGCGUGACAAAGCAGGCACGGCCGUCGACCCCUGUCAGUCCAUAAAGACUCAUCUCCUCCCUGGCCCCGUCUCGAUUUGGAUUCUCCCUUCCUCACCGUCAACUUCCCGAGUCGUCGCGCAUUCACGUUAAGGAAACCCUUCCUUCUUCACUCCUUCAAAACUACCAUACAGACCACCCUUCCUUCAAGGUCUCUGUCCAACUUCCGCGCUGCGCGCCCAUACACACACUCUCUCUCUCACUCUUCCAAGCAAGCAAGCCUCUUGGACGCUACAGACAUUCCUUUGGAAUCACCGACAUUCAUCAAUCAAGCAAAAUGAAGUUCACCACCACUGCUCUCUUCGCGGCUGCCGCCAUCGGCGCCUCUGCCCACCCCAGCGGCCACGCCCACAAGCACGCCCACCGCUCCGCCGGCGCGGCCAAGUUCGUCCAGUACGUCCAGCCUCAGCCUUCCGUCGAGGCUGUCGCCGCUGCCGAGCCCCAGCCCACCACCAACGAGGCCCCCGCGCAGACCACCACCGCGCAGGCUGACCAGGGCGAUGACUCCUCGUCGUCCGGCGGCGACUCUGGCGUCGACACCUACACCGAGUUCUGCGGCGGCAAGUCCAAGCGCGCCACCGCGGCUGAGAUUGCCUACACGGGCAACAUUGGCACCGCCGGCGACUACGGCUGCAACAUGAUGCUCGUCAAGAGCAACGUGGCCAAGAAGUACAACUACGUGGCUGCCAUCAAGAACGCCUCCGGCAAGGACCAGGACUGCGUUGCCUACAACAAGAUCGGUCCCGUCAACAACGAGAUCAACGGUUUCUUCAAGGGCAACGAGGCCAAGAGCUUCACCAUCCCCGCCGGUGUCACCCAGCACUUGGCCGUGGACGAGAACACCCAGGGUGGUGUCAUCUGCCAGGCCGGCGGCAUCGAGACCACCACCUGGGGCGAGUACGCCUCCACCUGGGCCGAGUUCGACAUGGCCAACACCAGCAACGGCGGCUGGUCCGGCGCCGAUGCCUCGUGCCUGGUUGCGUCCCGCGCCGGCCUCGACAUCCCCGGCCUGCAGAUCUGCAGCCAGGGCACCUGCUCCACCAUCAACCCCGGCGGCUCUGGCACCAACGCCUUCCUCGAGGGCAUGGAGGCCGAGGACGGCUUGGGCCUCAACCUCCCCGCUGGCGAUGUCUGGCUGGACAUUACUGUCGGCUACUCGGGCGGCAACUAAGAUGCUCGGAUGAAAACCUUGGUCUUGACGGAUUGUGCGCGGUGUUUUUGCGUUUUGGCUCUUUCUCUCGAAUUCGACUCUUGAAAAGGAACUGG